AGCUCGUGGUUCCUGGGGGACAAACAAAUGAUGAGAGCGUCUCAUCGCAUCGUCUGACUGAUCGUCGGCGUGGUGGCGGAGGGGAUGGAUAGCAAAAGCGUCGGGCAAACAGGUUAUAUCACCAGCCUCGCAACACCGCUUUUCUCGGCCGCGGCUUCCUGGAUAUAAAAAUGAAAGGACGCCAAGCGCACGCAGUCGAAGCCUCGGGAGCCUUUGUCUCCUAGCAUCCGAAAUCCUUCGUAUAGCAAUACGGCAGACACUUGGACUAUAAAUACCAGCUUCUUCUCGCCCACUGUCUUCUCCCCGCGGACCUCAACUUAUUCUCCGAGGCAGUCCGCACCAUCCGGCAGUACCCUACCCACGAUGAAGACUCCGUUCGGCGUAAUCGUGGCCAUCGGGCUGCUCAUCCCCGCGACGGGAGCGCGCCCCCACGACAAUGCGGCGAGUUGGUCUACGGCCGUCCCUAGCGUCACCACCACCGCCAGCUCGGGCACCGGCCUGCUGAGCCCCGGAUCUCCGUACGCAGCCCCGAUCCCGGCGGAGACGGCUACUCCGCCGUCGCCGCCGCUGCCGCCUGCCUCGAGCGUGUCGGCCGCACCCGACCCGAGCUUCAGCAGGCACUGCGACUACCGCUUCUGCACCGAGGGCAAGGACAUCUGCUUCUACUGGGCCGGCUACACGUCCUGGGACGUCUCGCGCGGCCCCAUACCCGGCGAGAUACCGACCGUCCUCGGCCCCUGCUCGACGAGGUCUACCUGAUGGCCUGCGCGCCCCAGGGGACCCGCGGAGGAGGGAAACUGUCAUCCUUUCGAUUUUCGGCUGUACGGCGACCGGCGUAGAGAUAGCCGGCUAAUUGCAGUAGUGAAUCGGCCGCGAGGAGCGAAGGUUGUUGUUCGGGUGGUUGAUUCUGAGAUAGGGUGAGGCAUCUAGGCCGCUGGUGACGGGGCGGCAGUACAACCAGGGCAAAGAAAAAGGGUCGAAAAGAAGAGAGAGAAAAGAGCGAAGCUUUAAGCAUCUCUUUCGAUGUAUGUACAAGCGAGCAUGACUGCCCAAAUACAAGAAUAACACCUGUGAAUCUAUCAUCCGUCGUCGCUUAGUUUGACCAGUUUUCGUGCUUCCCCGUCCGCCUCCUCUACCAAUCGGAUGGUUGAUACCCGGGGGAGCACUUCAACGACGUGCCGGAGCUGCUAUUGCUGCGGAAUAUUUCACGCGG